UGUAGACUUCGUGCGAAGGGACACUAAAGAAAAAUAUAAAGUCGAGCUAGAUCGAAAAAUUAGGCAUUUGUAAUAAGAAAUUUGUCAUUCGUAAGUAAAACAGGGGUUUUGUAAGCUAGAAAAAUGACGAAAAUGAAAAGUAUCUGUCGCGCCAACGGUUGUGGACUAUGGUACCUCGCAUAUGUGACGUCAGGUAUCUGAUUCGCCGAGAGUGAAUGCUAUGUCCGGCCACAACGAGCCGGAUCGCUUUGUCUGUUUACAACCGGCUAGGCGGCCACCAUUCUCGCCUGCUCCAGUCGCCAAGACUCAACAAGUGGCCAUAUUCGGUAUCCUGAACCCAAGCAGAGGUGCAGAGUGACUCACGCAAACAGCACACCUGCAUCUGCCAAGCAGUACGCUUCGUAUACAGAACUAAAUAAAGAGUUUCUAGAAGGCAUAACAGCGGCAUAGAGGCAGGUCACGUGGAGAUUACGUCAACUCGUACGUUUCGCCGAGGGUGGUUCCAAUUCAGGAGCAGCAACGGUACCCUUAGCGGUAAUUUUCUACGCAACAAAGUAAUGCAAUGACACACAGAAAACGAUGAUAGACUUCUAUAGACCUAGUUCAACCUAAUAUUUUCCUUUAGUGUCCCCAUAAAGAAGCUGGUAAUUAGACCAGCUACCUCGAACUCAAAACAGUCACUUGCUGGAGCCCACGCAGUAACCUGGAGUUGUAACUAAAUAUUUCUCUUUUAAACUGUGUCAGCCACCCCACAACAGUACGUGGUUGCACUUUAAGCAAGUGUUCAGACCACCGGUAACUUUCCGCGCAUGUUCUUUUAAGCAGAGGACGACAUUGCAAGACUCCUGGAUUCGACUAUAGAUCCGUGCGCCGAUUUCUACGGAUAUGUGUGCGGCAGCUCUCGGCGAAAUACGUCAAAAUUAGAGUUCUUCCAUCUACCGGGAUCACUUCAAGCCCGCUGGUUGAACGUUAAGGACGAUAUCUCAAGUAUACUGGAAAUUCCUGAGAAAGCUGGCUCUAAAGCAUCAGAGAAACCAAUUAUAGCCUACCAGUCUUGUAUGAAAGAAGACAGUGCACACGAUAUGGAUAGUUUGAAGGAAUUGCUGACUGAUCGCGGGAUGUCUGACUGGCCAUCCAGAAGCAGCAAUACUGAAGAGAUUUACGACGCAAGGAACGAUAUAGAUUUGACUGAACUAGAGGCCUUCUUCCACUACGACGUUGUUCAAGACAAGCACGACAAAUCGAGGCAUAUGCUUUCGGUAGGCAGGGCUGCUCUACCUGUUUUACACGGAGGGGUGCUGGCAAGUGCUGAUGACCUAACAGAAUGGUCUGAUUCACUUGUGCGAGAGCAAGCUAAGUCACACACAGGAGGAAAGCAAUCGGAAACUAGAAACGUACACGUUAGCAGGGGAAGGACGGCCGCAAAUGACACUGAAGACGACGCAACAGAUCAAGACUUCACAAGGGCUGAAACCCGCAUUGUCCAAGCAUAUCAAUCGUACGUGAAAGCAGUGAUCAGCACCAUGAAGAGCUUGGCCAGCGUCGAAUCGUUGGAAAUAGCGAAGGAAAUUAUUCGCUUUGAAACGAAAUUGGCCAGGCUUACAGAAGCUGGAGCAGGUGCCCAACGAAAGACUGCAAUCUACACAACAUUAAGGCGACUGAACAACAAGUACCUAUCGGUGUCUUUCUCCGCGAACUUACUAAAAAGGAAUUUAAGAAAAAAAGGAAUAAGAAUCGAGGACGACACCAAGAUAUACAUCGCUGAACCCGCAUACGUUGAAAAUGUAUUCACGCUGCUACGCAAAACAAGAAGGUACAAAGUGAAGAAUUACGUUGGCUGGAAAAUUAUAGCAACUAUAGCGCCCUUCGUGAGCCCGUUAAGGCCUCAUCAUCAAAAAUUUAUGGCGCAGUACGGAUUCCAGGAAAAGAGGAAGGAAGAUAUCUGCACGGAAAGCGUAGCCGCUAAAGGAAGCGCCUUGCAACCUCUAAUCAGCCAGCUUUACGUUGAAAGGAAAUUUUCGCCGGAGGCCAAGAAUGACGUUCAACUGAUGACACAGCUGAUUCAACGAGAAUUAGUAGCCGAGCUGAGGAAUUCAAGAUGGACAAGCCACGAAGCCCGAAGAACAGCCUUAAAAGCAGUAACAGAGAUGGACAAAGUGAUUGGCUACCCGGACUGGAUGGACGACAAGGCGCAUUUGGCAGGACUCUUCAGCAACGUGCGCAACUUCACCACGCAAUCGUCAUUUGUACGGAUCUAUGAGGAGUACAGGAUGGCAGCAUUUGAGAACUCAAUGAAAAAGCUCUCCUCACCUUUUUCUGCGAGCGAUGAAUGGAGCGGUGCGCCGAUGGAUGUCACAUUUGGAUAUGACGCAUCAUCUAAUUUGAUAUAUAUGCCUGUGGGUGUCCUACAACCACCGUUGUAUUCACCGCAUUAUCCAAGGGCAGUCAACUACGGCACUGUUGGCGUUAUGAUUGCCCGUGAGAUGGCACAAGCUUUCAACGCCCCAGACCUACAGUCAGUCAGCGACAAGAAGAUAUGUCCCAAAAUAACGCUUGAUGACUAUUACGAACGUAAGACCUCUUGUCCAAGUGUGCGCCGGGAUGACGAGGAGUCAUUGCCAGCGGAAUACGAAGAUUUCAGGGAAGAGAUCCUCGACGAAAUCGCCUUAAGGGUAUCAUGGAAGGCUUACUUGACUCACACAGACAAAUUAAAAAUAGCGAGCAACGCGGAUACUGAAGAUGAGACGAGAAAACAAAAACUGUUCCUCCAUUCAGCAGGCGUGUUUUUAUGCACGGUGCUUUCGGAUUAUGACAUCCGCAAGUGUGAAACUGAUGACAUCAUGAACUGUAGAAUGAAUCAUCUGAUGAAGAUGCCAGAGUUCCGAUGAAGCAUUUGAGUGCCAUGGCAUCCUGAAGGAGCGCUGAAGUGAUGGACUUCACUAGAAGAGAAAGACAGACAACUGCUUAUGAUGUCAGUCAGAGACGUUUGGUGUAAAUAUUGUUUGUAGUUUACAAGUUUAACGCAGUAAACUGCUACUUUAUGUUCUAAAAUAAAAUCUAUUACAAUUUGCA